AUGGACCAACAGUCCAUGCUCCGGGCCCUCGCAGCUCUUGAUGACACGUCGCUCAUCACGGUCAUCACCGAGACGCUGCAACGGAGACCGGAGCUUGCUCCUGGGGUGGUGAACGGUGCUGUGCCAGACUUGACAUAUGCUCCUGCUGAUGCAUUGUCAAAGAGACGGGCGACCGGCCGAAUCAAGCCGAUGAUGGGCACGGGGUUUGGCUUCAUUGACUGCCCAGACUUAAAGGCGGUCUUUGGGCAUGACGUCUAUGUGCACAAAAACCAGGUGGGUACGCUUCCGCCGGGCACAGAGGUGAACUUCGCUAUCCUGCUGAGCAAGGACAUGAAGCCGCAGGCCUUCGAUCUGCAACCCACAGGCCUGCGCGAAAUGUCGCGGCAAGUGGCAUUUGCAGUCACCAUUGCAUGA